AUGAAGGAGUCAUGGAAAGCGACUGAAGCUAAGAGAGUUACAGGUGAGGGUAACCAAGGUCUCCUUUUAUACAGAUUGGCAGGAUAUGGUGUCCACAACAGAGAUCUGAAGCCAUGGAUGACUGGCCUUCUCACUGCGCUCUCCCUGAUGAUGGUGACAGUGACCAUAGGACUUCUGGCUCACUUCUUAGCCUCCGGCCAGAAAAUGGAACGUUAUCAAAGGACCUUUACAAUUUCAGAUAUUCAAGUCAAGAGCAAUUCAGGACAAAAGAGCUCAAAUCAAUUGAAGGACUUACAGGAGAUGAAUGAAAAACUGGUAGAUGAGAUAUUUAUAGAUUCAGCCUUGAACAAGCACUACCUCAAAGACCAUACAGUCAAACUAACUCCAGAAGAAGGUGAUGCAAAAGCAGACAUUGUCAUGGCGUUCCAGCCCCCCUCUGCUGGGCAAAGGACCAUGGGAGAAAAGAAGACUGACAGCAUCCUAAACAAGAAGACAAGGACCACAAGAGCCUUGCCAGCCAAUGUCUCAGUAGUUCAAGUGGGUGCAAUGUGCUCAUCAGCAGGGAAGCUAACUGUCCAAGCAUAUUGUGGCAAACGAGCCAUCCCAUUAAUUGUCAGCAGAAUAGUGAGUGGAAAUCUUGCAGCCAAGGGUGCUUGGCCUUGGCAAGUUUCUCUUCAGCGCAGCAACAUCCACCAGUGCGGGGGCACUUUGAUUGGUAACAUGUGGGUCGUCACUGCAGCGCACUGUUUUAGAACUAAUUCUAACCCACGCCAAUGGACUCUUAGUUUUGGAACAACAAUAAACCCUCCUUUAAUGAAAAGAGGUGUCAGAAGGAUUAUUAUGCAUGAAAGGUAUCACCCCCCAGCAAGAGACCAUGACAUUGCUCUUGUGCAGUUUUCUCCCAAAGUCACCUUUUCAGACGAAGUACGCCGAAUUUGUUUGCCUGAAGCCUCUGCAUCAUUCCCGCCAAAUUCACCUGUCUACAUCACGGGAUUUGGAGCACUUUACUACAGUGGGCCAUCCCAAAAUGAGCUCCGAGAAGCCAGAGUAGAGAUUAUAAGCAAUGAUGUCUGCAAGCAACGCCACGUGUACGGCAGUGACAUAAAGCGUGGGAUGUUCUGUGCUGGGUAUCUGGAAGGAACUUAUGACGCCUGCAGGGGUGAUUCUGGGGGACCAUUAGUCAUAAAAGACAGCAAGGACACCUGGUAUCUCCUUGGAAUUGUGAGCUGGGGUGACAACUGUGGUCAAAAGAACAAACCUGGAGUUUACACACAAGUGACGUAUUACCGACGCUGGAUUGCUUCAAAAACGGGUCUCUAA